AUACAAGUCCCUGCCAUCUUCUAUGUCUCUAUAUAUUCAUAAUAACUUUGAGGAGAGAUACACUGCAUCUUCAAUUUACUUCUUGUUUCCUCAACUACCUAAAGCUCUCUUUGCUUAAUUUGUCGUGAGUUCUGAAAGAUAUGGCAGAAUUUCUCCUCACUUUUUCUGCCAAGGAAAUACUGACCAAGGUGAUUUCACUUGCUGCUGAAGAAUUCACUCUCGUAUUGGGUUUCAAAGGAGAGCUAGCACAGUUGCAUGCAUCAUUCCUCAAGAUUCAAGCUAUGCUACUAGAUGUCGACCAUUCACAUGUUCGAGGGGUGACUUUGGAAAAUUGGGUGAAGGAUCUUGAAUACAUAGCUCACAAAGCCGAUGAUGUUUUGGAUGAAAUUGGGUAUGAAGUUCUCUGACGCAAAGUAGAACUCCGUAAUCAGAUGAAGAAAAAGGUGAAAUCUUUCUUUUCACACAACAAUCCCAUUGCUUUUCACUUUAAAAUGGCACAUAAAAUUAAAAGGAUCAACAAAUCUUUGCUGGAUUUGAACGAUGAGGCAGCUGGCCUUAUUGGGUUAGUUGCUAGGAUACAAGCAGAUGCAACCUCACAAGAUGUUGAAGUACCCGAUAGGGAAACCAUCUCCAAAUUUUAUAAUGAUGAGAAGCUCAUCAUUGGAAGGGAGGAGGUCGUGUCAGAUAUAGUCAAAACCUUGACCAAGUCAAAUGACAGUGCCGAAAACUAUCCUCCAGUUUUGGCUAUCGUGGGAAUGGCAGGCUUGGGGAAGACAACUUUGGCUAAAUCAAUAUUUCAUGAAUCUAAGAUUGAUAAACACUUCCAUGUAAGAAUAUGGGUGUGUGUAUCUACUUCUUUUGAAGUCAAGACAAUCUUAAGGAGGAUUUUGGAAUCUCUAAAAUUAGAGGAAGCUGCAAUACAAGGUAAGGAGAAGAUUUGUAAUCUCAUUCAAAAAGAGUUGAAAAAGAAAAGAUACCUUCUUGUACUUGAUGAUGUUUGGAGCGAAGAUCCUCGGAAAUGGGAAGAGUUGAAGAAUUGUUUGUCAACUGUUGAAGAUAGUCGAGCAAGUAGCAUAAUUGUUACCACCCGUAGUGACAAAGUUGCAAAAGUCAUGGAGACCCUUCCUAGGUGUGAUUUGAGAAGAUUAUCAGAUGAUGAAUGUUGGCUCAUAAUGAAGGAUAAAGCAUUUUCAGUUGGGAGUGCUCCUAUGUCCAAAGAGCAGGAGAUAGCUGGUAAAGAGAUUGCUAAGAAGUGCGGAGGUGUACCAUUAAUGGCAAAGUGCAAGAGAAAGACAAACCUGAGGAGGUGAGGAUCAUCUUGUCCUUGAGAAGUCCAGAAUCCUUUCAGCUCUAUACAUGACCGAGAAUCAUCAUUUCCUGUAUAUAAGCAACUUAAAUUGGCUAAUAAGCCCAGAGACUUCAUACGCAAAUCAGACAUUGCAGACAAACAUAUAUAGUAACCACACUGCUCUGCAAUUACCUGUAUGUUUAAGAAAUCAAGCCGCAGAAGUAAUUAAAGCUGAUAGGGAGUUCAGUUCAGUAUGUGAGGAAGCCAUGAGCUGCCUAGCUAAUAGCUACAAAGACAAUGCUUGAUGCUCAACUGAUGUGAAGGUGCAAGAACAAUGUAAUGAAGAUGUUUGUUAUUCGUACCUUCAUUCCUGGAACAGUCACUGGUACGGUGGCAGUUAAUGUAUCCGUCUUUGACAACAAGCUAGUCAACAGUUCACUCAUUUCAGCUCGUGCUGUCUUUGUUUGGCGGACAAACUACAGGGAAGAUUCUGUUGAUGAAGGAAGAUGUAGUGCUUAUCCUCUCUGCAUAUAAGUACAGAAUCUUUAAGGCAGGUUCGAAGAUGUCAGUGAUUCGAUUUCAGUCUAUCACUCUGUCGCAUUAAUAGGGAAGUGAGACCUGUUUGGAAGUUGGUCGAGCUGGGAUUACUAUCAGAUAUUGGCAGAUCAUUAUUCCCAUCCUCCACCUAGGUACAACCAAACAACCAAUAAAAGUUAAAAGCAAUCUCUGAUGCUCAAUUUAGUGCGCUACUCAUAAUCUAACAGAACAAUGUUCAGAGUCAAUAAUACAGACAAAACAAAUGCUCUCUAGUAAAUUGUAUACAAAUAAAAAGCGAGUAGACAUUUCUCAGAAAAUACAGCUGCAUGCAGUUGCAACUUAAGUCACAAGUAACAGCAGUUCCAUGCCGCAAGGCACCAGUUAUGAUAUAAAUCAUAUAAUAGCUUACCAAAGUACAAUUCGAUCAGGCUCUCAACUCCAAGGCGAUUCUAAAUGCUUCCAGCAUCGGUAAAUAUUAGCUUUACAUGUAUCUUGGUACGAUUUUCUUCUACAAUAGAUACAAAAUCAGAGGACUUGGUAACCUGAAUCAAAAGAAAAUAAUAAAUUCUAAACAACUUGCGUCAGAGGAAGCGGAAUAUUAUUAACAGUAUAUGAAGAUAUAAGUUACAAUCAGCAGUAAAGACACAGGCACAACCUAGGUAGACCAAAAAAACAAUCCCAAGUUGAACAAUCUUCUAUGAUGGCUCAUAGUCACACCUCACACCUCAAAACCAUGCACAGCUUCCUAAUAAAGUUGAGACACUCGAAGAGAUGCCUCAGCUGCUUGGCUAGGCACCAUUCUUAAUACAUCGAAUUAACCAAAAGGUUAAAAGCAAUCUGUGAUACCGAACCCAAUAGAUAAUAAGUUGAACUCAUAAAUCUAUGUGGAACAACAUUGUUGCAGUGUUGAAUAAUAAAAAAUACCCACAAUAUACAAAGAAUGUAGCUGUCACAAUUAUUCAAAAAAAAAAAAAAAAAA